AUGGAGUCUCGCAUGGCGCGCGGCGGUGCAUGCUGUCAUACCCAAGAUUUUAUCCAAGAGCCUGGAAGUGUCAAUCGGACACGCAUGUAUCGCCGGGAAAACUGUUCUCGUUUCCCCAUUCUUUGACGUCGUCAUGGUCCCGGGGAGAGUUUAAUUUCAAACGGCGCGAUACAUCAAAGUUCAGCCGCGUUUAGGUUAGUCGUCGGCUCCCUUGGAUUUGACGGGACAGCGGUGGAGAAAUUCGCGAGAGAUGUACCUCAACGUUUGCCGACUGUCGACGCGGGCCUGCGCGAGGCAGAUAUACACCGGCGUGUCGCGAAAUUUAAUGAAAGACCAUUCGGACGGCGCGUUAAAAAAGAAAUUGCGCUCCACUGCCUUUUACUGGGCCGGAGUCGGAGUUCUGGUAGUUGGUUUAAGUUACUCCGCGGUGCCUUUGUACAGAAUGUUCUGCCAGUCAUAUAGUUACGGCGGAACAGUAUCGACCGGUCAUGACGCUAGUAAAGUGACCGCGAUGUCACCUGUCAAAAGCAGAAAGAUCAAGAUUAAGUUCAAUGCCGAUGUGGCGUCGUCGAUGCAGUGGAACUUCAAGCCGCAGCAGAGAGAGAUUACGGUUAUUCCUGGAGAGACGGCUUUGGCGUUUUACACGGCCACAAAUCCGACGAAUAACCAGAUUGUAGGAAUAUCCACGUAUAACGUUUUACCUUUCGAAGUAGGACAGUACUUCAAUAAAAUACAAUGCUUCUGUUUCGAGGAACAGAUGCUUAACCCGCACGAACAAGUUGACAUGCCGGUGUUCUUCUACAUUGAUCCGGAAUUCGCGGAGGAUCCGAAGAUGGAGUUUGUUGACGAGAUAGUUCUCUCUUAUACAUUUUUCGAGGCCAAACCGGGAUUUAAUCUGCCUGUACCGAGUUACGCCAGAGGCCACUUAACAAAGUAAAACGUAAUUAUCCCUAGUAGUUACAAUUGUACAAAUGAAUAAAUAUUUAAUAUAUAUAUAUUUUUCAAA